UUAUAAUAUUAUUGAUAAUUUAUAUAAUAAAAUUAAAGAUUAAGCCACUUAUAAUGAGUACACACAAUAAUAUAUUUCUUCAGUGGCGUAUUUUGGAGGAGUGUCUUCCAUGUCUGAACACCCCCACCUGAAAAAAAAAUCCUUAAUAUUGGUAUUAUCAUUUUUUUUUAUAAUUAACUAAUUUUAUUUUAUUAUAUAUAUAUUCAUUAAAUGUUGGAUUCCCCUCGAGAAAUCACCCAAAAUAUGCUACUGAUUAUAGAUCAUAUAGAGAUCCAAUUCAAACAUUAAAUCCUUAACAGUAAGCGACCUACGUGUUUUAAAAAUAUAUUAAUUAUACAUCAUAUAAAUCAAUUUAUCAAUARGGAGAAACUAUAUUUGUAAAAAUCAUUAAACUAAUGCCUUUUUCUCUUUAAGUUUUUAAAGAAUAUUAAACAAGUCAACAGUUUUAAUCGAGCAGAGAAAUCUGCAGUUUGUGCAAUUAAAUCCAGGAUAUUUAUGGAAUAUCCUCCUAAGGGAAAUGAUAUUGCUUUAAAUUUUGCUUAUCGAGCCCGUACUCUUCAUUCUACUGAACCUGAAUGGAUAAUCAUUUGGUUAAAAGCCAAAGGACGAGUAAGACGUUAUUACCAACAAUAUACAAUGCCAGAAGAUGAUGAAAUGGAUGCUGCAGAAAUAUUAUGCUCUACAAAAACUAAGGCUCGACAUUUAAUUCAAGCUUCUAAAUUAUAUAUGGAAGCGGCAUUUGUUAAUAAAUUAAAAAACAACAAAGAUGAAUCACAAAAAUUUUAUGAGCUUUCAUCAGAUAUUACUAAAAAAGCAAUUGAAUUAGCCAAUGACGAUACAAAACAACUUUAUUCUUGUCUACUGACAUGUAUUGAUUAUCCUAAAGAGUUAUUGUCAAAAUCUAUUAUGGACAAUUUAAUUAAAAAAUUGGAAAGUGUUAAAAAUAGCCGUGUUGAUCAAGUUUUAGGCAAAUAUUAUCUAAAACAUGAAAAGGAUUAUGAAAAGGCAAAAAUUCAUUUAUCUCGUGGAAUGGCUGCUGGUCAUUUUAGUAGUUCAUUGCAAUUAAUAAAAGUAGAGUGCUUGUUACAACCUGUUGAUAAAUUUCCUCUUGUGAAAACACUAGACAUGAUGUAUGGUGUUUUUCCAAGCCCAAAAAGAAGGCUUAUUAUUUUAUCACAAAUACUGAUAUAUUACAAUUACUGUGAAAAUAAUCCAAAAGAAAUGAUACGUUUCCUGAAAAUGUACAUUGAUCAAGAGAUUGAUGAUACAUUUAAAAAACGCCAUUUAAUUGUAAGUUAUUCAAAUUGAACUACUUUGUAUCUAUAAACUCUUGAAGGAAUGCUUAAAUUUUUAGGAAACUUCUUGUUUCAAUGAUUUUCAAGUUAAUUAUUAGAAUAUACAUUUUU